CUGACAGAAAGAUACACAAGAAACACAGGAGUGAAGAGACGCCUGAACAACAAGAAGACUCAAGACUAAACAGAAGAAAGAUGCUGUGCUCUCAUGGAUUCCCGUCUGCCAUCCGUCCAUUCAUGGACUUCUCCUGGCCUGUACGCAGUCUGUGGCCAGAGGUCAGACCUCUGCUCUACCAACAGCAUGUCAUGCAGAGAGACCUACAGGAGCUGCGCAGCAGUCUGCAGCUGAUGGACAAACUUCAACGCCAGAUCCUGGAGGACACAGAGCCUUUCAGGAGCAGCGUGGCUCUGCAGCCCGUCUCUUAUCAGCUGGACAAAGAGGGAGAGCACUUUGGCCUAACGCUGGACACUCAGGGCUUUUCUCCAGAAGAUCUGUCAGUCCGGCAGGUGGGCAGGAAGCUGAGAGUCAGCGGGAAGACGGAGAAGAAACAAGAGGACGGGAAAGGCUCCUACUCUUACAGCCUGCAGGAGUUCAGACAGGAGUUUGAUCUGCCUGAAGGGGUGAACCAUGAAGACGUCCGCUGCCACCUUUCUCCAGAUGGAAAGCUCCACAUCCAGGCAGCCAAAGUUCCUUGUAUCGAGGGGACGGAGAGAGAGCUGACUAUCAAGAGGAGCUCAGAGGAGGAACCACAGCAGAGUGUGUGUUCACAGGCAGAAGACAGCAGAGCAGAGACUCAGAACAGAUCCUAGAACAAACCUGAAAACAUGGACGCACAUACAUGUUGCUGUACCAAUGGGAAGAUUUUACAUUUCUUUGGUGAUAGUCUUGUGUGGAUUAAUGGUCAGUUUUUAGGUUAUUGGUUUUGUACAAAGAAACAUUUGUAAAAUAAAAAAAAUGUAAAAAUUUUUUGAUUCAGACAGGAGUUUGAUCUGCCUAAAUAUUGUUUACAAUAUUUAGCCUUUAUGAG